AUGCCCAAGUCCCUAACAAGCACGCAGGACACUAUCAACCCCACCCUUCUCGCCUUCAGGCCUCGCCAAGUUCAGCUCGCAAACCUAGAAAAUAUGAAGCACAGUAAGCCCAAUAUCUCCAGCGACAGCACCCAAACUCUAAGUCCCGGCCAAAAGGGUCCACUCCUCCAUGCUGUGGCUCGUUUCCUGGAGAGCAAUGGAUUCUCCAAAACCCUGAAAAAGUUCCGGUCCGAAGCUCAAAUCGAGAAAAGCGGACUGAAGGAAUCUUCACUGGAUUUGGAAGAAAUGUACUGCAAGUUGAUGUGUAAUAAUGGAGUCACAAAUGUCAACAGCCAGAAGAAGAAAGUAGACGUAAAGGAGCCUGAAAAAUUGUUGGAGGAGACUGAAAAGAAUUGCAUGGAGAAAAAGAAAAAGAAAUCUAAGGUAGCUUCUGAUUCACUUGCUUCUGAUUCUGAGACGGAGAAGAAACCAAAGGAUAAGAAGAAAAAGAAGAACAAGUCAAGUUCUGAUUCUGUUGAUGCAAAUGGAAUUGGUAAAUCAACUGCCGAUGAAAUUCCAGUGGAUGAGAAGAGUGUCAAACCUAAUAAUGGUAAGAAGAAAAAGAAAGAUGGUUUGGUUUCUGAAAGUCUAGAUGGUGAGGAUGUGAAGGUGCUUGGUAUAGGAGAUACAAAUGGAACUAGUUCUACAAAAGAUAAUUUGAAGAUAUCAGAUGUGGAUGCUACCGGUAAGGAUAGUAAAAGGUCCAAGAAAAGAAAAAGAUUAGCGUCUGAAGGAAAUGAUUCGCAGCCUGCUGACAACAGAGAAGAUGAAGAAUCCAAGCGCAGAAAGGUAGAGAGUUUAAAAGCAUCCAAGGGAAGUGAGCAACCAGCAAAUAGUGAUGCGUCCCUAGGAAAAGCUGAAAAUGCUGGUAAAGAUAGUAGAGGGGAAAGUGGUCAAGUUGGUCCAGAUGUGUUUCAAAAGGCUUCUGUUACGCAGCUGGAUGGCCAGGCAAAUGGGAACCUAGAGAAAAGUGCUGAGAAGUCUUCGAUAAAGAAAAGCAUGAAGAAGCAGCGCGAUGGUUCUGAUGAGCCAACAGCUUUUAAGGCAUUUCAAAGGGUAAAAGCUGAGGAGGUGGAAUUCGUAGACGAGAAGCUUCGGGAUAAUUCUUACUGGGCAAAGGAUGGUGCAGAGAUUGGCUACGGUGCAAAAGCACAGGAAGUUCUUGGGCAAGUUAGAGGAAGGGAUUUUCGUCAUGAAAAGACUAAGAAGAAGCGUGGGUCAUACAGAGGAGGGCAGAUUGAUCAGCAGUCACACUCAGUCAAGUUCAAUUAUGAUGAUGAAGAUUAA